AUGGCCGCAGCCGAGGACUACGACACCGCGGCCGCGGUGGCCGUGUUCCAUCAGUCCCGAGCCGGCGUCCGCGGGCUCGUCCAGUCCGGCGUCAACACCAUACCACCAAUUUUCCUCAUGCCCACCUCGCCAUCGCCGCGGUCACCCACGACUACAGCGUUCGCCAUCCCAGCCGUCGACCUCUCCCUCCCGCGCCAGGACACUGUUGCGCUCGUCCGCGCCGCGGCAUGUUCGUGCGGCUUCUUCAACGUCACCAACCACGGCGUCCCGGCCGGCAUCGUCGACUCCGCAGUCUCCGCGGUGAGGGCGUUCCACGAGCAGCCCCUCACCGUCCGCUCGGCGUUCUACUCAAUCGAGCCCGUGGGCGGUGCUGUCACCUACUCCACCAUCCCCAUCGCGCCGCAGCGGGGCGCUCCUCUCCUCCCCUGGCGCGACACGCUCCGUGUGCGCUUCGGCCCAGGGGAGCCCAUCCUUGGUCGCCUACCCGCGGCUUGCCGGAACGUGCUGCAGGAGUACCAGAGGUCGCUGACGGCGUUCGGGAAGGAGAUGGCCGGGCUGCUGUCGGAGGCGCUCGGCGUUGGGACAGAGCGGCUGGAGCGGGCGAUGCAGGUGGAAGGGUGGCUCAUGGCGUGCCACUACUAUCCACCGUAUCCGGAGCCGGAACGGGUGGUCGCUAGCCUCGAGCACACCGACCCCAGCUUGUUCACGGUGCUGGCGCAGGACGGAGUUGGUGGGCUGCAGGUCCGCCGCGACAACGGAGAAGAGUGGGGACGUGCUCAAGGUACAAUCUGGUGUUCGUAA